AUGUUACCCUCUUCAUUUUCCGAUACACUUUCCACAAAUUCUUCAUCAUCGUGUGCCACUACGGCCUCUGCAGCAAUUUCCAUCUCUUCCUCCGUCAUUAGCGGAAGCAACAACAGCACUACUUCCUCUCAACCACAAAACUCAGGAGUCAAUGUUCAAGUGCUUCUCAGAUGUAGACCAUUGAAUGAGAAAGAGAAGGGACAAACCAUCUCGGUUGAUACCUCUCCAUACCUACGAAAAGAAUUAAAAGUCCAUCAGAAACUCGUACACGGAAAGGAAAUUACCAAGACCUUUACCUUUGAUCGGGUCUAUGGACCACAAACCACACAAAAAGAAUUCUUUGAUGAAUCCAUAAAGAGUAUCGUAGAUGAAGCGUUGGAUGGAUUUAAUUGUACCAUUUUUGCUUACGGACAGACAUCAUCGGGAAAAACCUUUACUAUGGAAGGAAGGAGAGAUCCCUCAGAUGCUACCGAUUCUCAAGCCGGAGUCAUUCCUAGAUCCAUUUAUCAUAUUUUCCAAACUUUGGAAUCAAACAAGACGGAAUACACAGUGAAAGUGAGCUGUAUGGAAUUGUACAAUGAAGAAUUACAAGACUUGCUCACCGAUCGACAAAACAAGUUAAAGAUUUUCGAUGACAAUACAGGAAGAAAGGGCACGGUUGUGGCUGGUCUUGAAGAAAUUGUCGUUCGCGACGCUUCUCAAAUCAUUUCCAUUGUGGAAGAUGCUCAAAAGAGAAGACAAAUAGCAGAGACGAAUUUGAACAAGUCCUCGAGUCGUUCUCAUUGUAUUACUACCAUUACCAUUCAUAUGAGAGAAGUGAAUGACGAAGGUGAGGAAUUUAUCAAGACUGGAAAGCUGAAUCUUGUCGAUUUGGCUGGAAGUGAAAAUAUUGGUCGAUCUGGAGCUAUUAAACAACGAGCAAAGGAAGCUGGUAUGAUCAAUCAGAGUUUGCUUACUUUGGGAAGAGUCAUUACUGCUCUCACUGAACACAGUCCCCACGUUCCAUAUAGAGAAUCUAAAUUGACUAGAAUUUUACAAGAUAGUUUGGGAGGAAAGACCAAGACAUGUCUCAUUGCAACUAUUUCUCCAUCAGUGUUGUGCUUGGAGGAAACACUAAGCACAUUGGAUUAUGCUUUCAAAGCAAAGAGUAUCAAGAAUAAGCCAGAAGUGAAUAUGAAGGUUUCUAAGGCUCAAUUAAUUAAGGAAAUGUCUGCUGAUAUGGAAAAGUUGAAGGCAGAAUUGAAUGCACAAAGACUCAAGAAUGGUAUUUACAUGGCACCUGAGAUUUAUGAAGAAACCAAUCGAAAAUUGCAAGAACAAGAAUGUACCAUUCGAGAUUUAGAAGAUCAACUUCAAUUAAAGUUGAAGGAGUAUGAAGAAUUAACAGGACUAUUCAAGGAAAAGGAACGUGAGUUGCAAAAAGAGCUCCAAAGUCACAGUGAAACAAGAUCAGUGUUGAACACCACAACCAAUGUACUCAAGAAGACUGAAACUGAAUUGAAAAGCACCAAAACGGAACUUGAUAUUACCAACUUUGUUCUCGAAAAAACUCAAGAGACAGAGGAGCAAUUACUUGUUGAAGCACACUCUCUGCUUGAUGGACUCAAAGAUAGCAUUCAAGACAUUGAUGGAUUCAUUAGCAAGGUCGAAAGAAAAUCAAAGGUCGAAGUUGACAAUCAAACUCUGACAAGUAUGUUCAAGGAAAUGAUGCAAGGCAAGCUGAAUCAAUCUGAGGAAGAGAUUCACAAGCUUUACAACACAUUUGUUCAUGUCAACACUACGGCAAAGAACUCGAUUGAGGAAUUCAUGCUUCAAAAGAUGACACAAGCCAAGCUCUUGGGAGAACAAAUGAAAGAAAUUACUGAUCUCUUCCAACGUUCUCAAAAAGAUCUCUUGCAAUUGAUGGAUCACAAGACGACUUCUCAAGGCACUGCUUUGGAAUCCUUAGAAAGAAAUAAUGACAUGUUUGAGCAGAAAAUCGUUAAGAGCAUUUUCAGCAUGAAGGAUGCCUUUGAACAAUCCAUGUCUCUUGUGCAACAUCAAAUUGAGAAUCAAAAACAUGAGCUUCAAAAACUCAAUAAUUUCUUUGUGGAUACUCUGACAAGAAAUACCAAAUACUUGGAAAUUUUCAGCACUCGUCACCAUGAAGUCAUGAAUGAAAUGAAGGAACAAAUGGAACACACCGUGGAGCUUCAUGUGAACCAGACAAAUUUACACAGCUCGAAACUGAAUGAAAUGUUGGAACAACAACACAAACAGAACAUUCUCUUAAAACAAGAACUUAUGAAGAAUUUGGAAGCCAUGAUCGAUGAAACCAUCUCGAAACAAGAAGGUGAAUUCUCACAAUCUGUUUCAGGUAUUCAACAGUUCUUUGGUAAUUCUGUUCAGUCGGUUCGAAACAUGGAAGCCACUGUCAAGAAGGGAUCUCAAGAGUCCUAUACCAACAUGGAAAAGAUGAAGUUGAACCUCUCGACCAAUCAACAAGAAGCAACACAAGUGGUCACCAAAUCCAGAAUGCAAAUCGAUUCACAUAUUCAAAACAUUUCAUCUGAAGCUAGCAAAUUAAGUGAAUCUGUGAAAUCAUUCUGUGAAACUUCUAACUCUACUGUCUCAUCUAACUCUCAAAACGUGAAACAAUUUAUCAACACUGCCAAUGAGGAGCAACGAAUGUUUAUGGAUCAAUGUCAUGCAUCAUCCUGCAAGAAUACAUCCACGCAUCAAGAACGAAUCAGUCAACUCAAUCAUCAUGUGACCAACUUUGAUCAACAAGUUGGAAUCUUUUCGAAUACUCAUUUGGAACUUCAUAAUUCACAACUUGGACAUGUCGAAAAGUUCAGAAAGGACUUUAUUGAGGCAAGAUCAAGUGACAUGAAACGCUCACUCGAUCACUUUGUUCUUAACACAGAUCAACCGACUGGAAACACUCCACAAAAGAAAAAGAGAAAGAUUCCAGAACAGUUACCCAAGACCAAACCAAAGGAUGAACUUGUUGAAAUGUAUAGACUCUCUCUUCCACCAUCUUUGGAAGUACCAUCCUUGUUGUUGAAUGGAGGUGAGAGGAUUGCAAGUCCAUGCCGAUCGGAUAAUAUGGACGAUGUGGAUUCCGAUGUUUUAAGUGUGGCAAGCAAUAAGGAGAAUAUUGGCUCACCACAAGAAAAUUCAUCACCUCAAAGCGCUCUGCCACCAGUGAAACCUUUGAAGUCAACAACAGGCAACAAUGGUGACUUUUCAGUUCCUUCCUCUAUUGUCAAAAGAAAAAAGCCGGCAGCAGUCACAAAGGUUUUAAAGACAAACGUUAUCAAGAAUGAAAACUUUGGUGUUUCUUCAUUCAGAUAA